UUGUGAAAAGUGGAUUUCAAAAAAAGUUGAAUUCCUUCCUUCUUCCUUAUUAGUACUAUCAGAUGAUGAUGAUAGCUAGAAUCCUCUCCCAUUCCUUCUUCUUCAUUUGAAGAGAGAGAAGUGAGAUCCUGAAUCCUGAUUGGAUUCUAAAAAGAGAAAUUGGAAGAGCAUUUCCUCAUCAUAAUACCUUUUUCGGUAUUUGUUCAGGUCUCCUUGUCCCGUUGCGCUCCAUUCUCGAUUCCCUUCCCUUCCCUUCUCCACCCACUCUCUCCUCCUCCAUUUCUCUAAUCAUCGCAUCAUCAUCAUGCCGCAACUUUGAGCUCUGUUUUCUCUCUCUCUCUCUUUCUCUGUUUCACACAUAAAAUGGAAAUCGAGAAACAAUCAUCCAAGGGACAAGCGUGGUUCUGCACCACAGGUCUACCUAGCGACAUAGUAAUCGAAGUCGGCGAUAUCAUCUUCCAUCUUCAUAAGUUUCCCCUCAUUUCCAAGAGCAGAAAGCUACACCAGUUAAUCUCCGAACAAGAGACGAUUUCCGCUACUUUACUAGAAGAAGAGAAUGAGGACGACGAUGAUGAUCAGCGUCACUGUCGUAUCACUCUUCCGGAUUUCCCGGGAGGUUCAGAUGCAUUCGAAGGUGCUGCCAAGUUCUGUUACGGUGUUAAGAUCGAUCUAUCUUCUUCCAAUGUAGCUUUUCUCCGUUGCGCUGCGGAAUUUCUGGAGAUGACUGAUGAGUAUUCGGAGGAUAAUCUUAUUUCCAAAACGGAGCGGUUUCUCUCACAAUCGGUACUCAAGAGUGUUAAGGACUCAAUCAAUACAUUAAAAUCAUGUGAAGGAUUGAUUCCAAUGGCGGAAGAUCUUGAUAUUGUACAUAGAUGUAUUGAAUUUAUUUCUGUCAGAGCUUCCGUAUCUGAUCCUUCUCUUUUUGGCUGGCCGGUGAACGAAACUGGCGGACGUCGGAAACCUACCGGUAAAUCUGUGGAGACUGGAACUUGGUUAGACGAAUUAGUCCUUCUGAGUCUACCGUUUUUCAAACGUCUAAUACUAGCAAUGCGAGGUAGAGAUCUGAAUCCAGAGAUUAUAGAGAACAGUCUGCUUUAUUACGCGAAGAGAUAUAUUCCAGGUAUAAAUCGUAAUAGUAGGAAAUCAUCAUCAUCAUCUUCUUCAAUUUCAUCAUCUUCUAUACCAUCGGAAUGUGAGCAGAGAGAUAUCUUAGAAACUAUAGUUUCAAAUCUCCCCCUUGAAAACAGCUCGAAAUCACCAACCGUCACCAGAUUCCUAUUCGGAUUACUGAGAAUGGCGAACAUAUUGAAAUCCGAUACCUGUCAAUCUGCAUUGGAGAAGAAGAUAGGAUCGCAGCUUGAACAGGCGACAUUGGACGAUCUUCUGAUACCGAGUUAUUCAUAUCUAAACGAGACGUUAUACGAUAUAGAAUGUAUGGAGAGGAUCUUAGGAAACUUCUUAGAUGGAUUGGAUAAGAGAUCGGCGGCGAGAAUCGAAGGGGAAGAUGAGAAUAGUGGCGUUAGAUCCGCCGCGUUAAUGCUAGUCGGUAAAUUAAUCGACGGUUACUUAUCGGAAAUUGCUUCCGAUUCAAAUUUGAAACCAGAGAAAUUCUACGAACUUGCUGUUGCUCUUCCUGAUCAUUCAAGAUUAUUCGACGACGGUCUUUAUCGAUCAGUAGAUGUUUAUCUUAAGGCGCAUCCAUGGCUGACGGAGGCGGAACGGGAGAAGAUCUGCGGAUUAAUGGAUUGUCAGAAACUAACGCUUGAAGCCUGCACUCAUGCAGCGCAGAAUGAACGUUUGCCUAUCCGUUCAGUAGUUCAGGUGCUGUUCUUCGAACAGCUCCAGCUCCGAGAAGUCAUUGCCGGAACCCUAACCGCUCCGGCGGAGGUUGAUGAUGAUAAUGGAUCAGAGGCUGUCAUUAUGAGGCCACGGCGGAGGACGGCGGUGAGAGAGAAUCAUAAUCAUCAGGUGCUUCGUUUGGAUAUGGAUAGUAUGAGAUCGAGAGUACAUGAACUAGAGAGAGAAUGUUCAUCGAUGAAGGCGGCGAUCGAGAGCAUUGAUAAAGUUCCGGUGGUGGCGGGUGGAAGUGAUUCUCCGGGACCGGGAGGAGAAGGAUGGAAGAGUUCGCUGGGGAAGAAAUUUGGGUGUAAAUUCAAAACGCAGGUUUGUGAUUCGCAUCAACCAACAACGGUUGUUGAAACGCGAAAAGUACGGAACCGCAGCCAUCGCCGGCGGUAAGAUUCUUGCGUUUAUAAUAAUAAUAAUAUUUUUUAUUUUUGAUACAUUUAUUCUUUUGUUAUCGUGCGCCUCCCCAUGUCUCUGUCCGUGGAUAUUAAUUAAUUAAUUAAUAUAUUAUUAUGUUAGCUGGUAAAGUGUCAUUUUAAUGCUAUCCAUAAAUUUAAUUAUUUGCAUAAUUUAUAUA